AUGACGGAAGCGCUUCGCGAUGAAUUCCGGCAGCUGCCCAAGAGCAUCCACGUGGCGACGGGAGAGUCGGCGACAUUGGAGUGUGUUCCUCCCAGGGGCCACCCCGAGCCCACGGUCACCUGGUUCAAGGACGGAGUCCAGGUGCAGCCGGGCACGGGGCGCGUACGCCUCCUGGCCCAGGGCGCUCUUGUCAUCGCUGACGUGCGCCCGUCCGACCAAGGGCGCUAUGUGUGCCGGGCCACCAACAUGCUCGGCACGAGGGACUCACCGCCAGCGCUGCUGUCUGUGCACACGAAGCCGUAUUUCAUCCGAGUCCCGGAAGACGUGACAACGCUUGCAGAAGAAUCUGUGAAAUUCGAGUGCAAAGUCAACGGCGACCCGAAGCCCACGGUCAGCUGGAGAAGGAAAGAUGGAAAGAUGCCCAUCGGAAGGGCAUACGUUCAAGAGGACAAGAGCCUGCACAUAAAAAGUGUCGCCCCAGCGGAUGAGGGAAUCUACAUUUGUGAAUCAGAAAACAUUGUUGGCUCAGCUUCUGCUUCCGCGACGCUUACUGUCUUCUCCCGUCCAGCAUUCCGCCUCGCUCCCCAGGACCAGAAAGUGGGGCUCAAUGGCGUCGCCAAGUUUCACUGUCUGGCGACUGGCAACCCCCCGCCCUCCGUGUUCUGGACACGAGAAGGCAACCAGGUGCUGAUGUUUCCGGGCAAGUCACACGGCCGCUUCUCGGUCAGUCACGAGGGCACGCUGACCAUCAGCGGGGUACGCAAGGAAGACCGCGGCUACUACGUCUGUUCCGCUUUGUCCGUGGUCGGUUCAAGCAUGACCAAGGGUUAUCUGGAGGUCACCGUUAUCGCCGACCUUCCUCCGCCCAUUAUACGACUGGGGCCGGCAAACCAAACAUUGCCUGUGCACACGACAGCUCAGCUACCGUGCGAGGCGGAGGGCACCCCCAAGCCUGUUGUGCAGUGGCUCUACAACGGUUCUCCUCUGAACUACGAAGAACGGCGUCGACUCAUGUUGCUAGAAUGUGGCAUGCUACAGAUAAAAGACCUUCAAAUGUCAGACAGUGGUACGUACACUUGCAAAGCAUCGAGUGAAAGUGGCGAGACGUCCUGGACUGCAUCUCUCACUGUCGACUCCCCGCACAACCCAAACGUAAAUUUUCAUCGUUCGCCAGACUCGUCCACAUUUCCCGGACCACCCUCGCCGCCUAUGGUGGUAAAUACCACGGAGACUUCGAUAACACUAACUUGGACACGUAGUGAGAAAGUGGGGGCAUCAUCGCUCAAGGGAUACACAAUUGAAUACUAUAGCACCGAUCUCCAGAGUGGAUGGGUUCGGACAGCCCAUCGAAUUCUUGCCGAAACAUACACCAUUCAAGCCCUGCGUCCUGACUCACGGUACAUUUUCAUCAUUCGAGCUGAGAACUCUCAUGGACUUGGAGUGCCCAGCCCUGUCUCUGAAACCAUACGAACUUUAGGAAUGGCCCCACAGUUUCUCCCCGAGCACAGCCUGGAUGAAGCACGAACGAAGCUUGGUGCAUGUGUGGUGAAUCUUCAAGACAUACGUGCCUUGAGUUCAACAGCUGUGAAGCUAAAUUGGAAGGUUCAAGGCAGCAAGGAAUACGUGGAGGGCUUUUACAUUCGGUUCCGGGACAUGAGUGGUGGCUCAGAAAAGUACAAUAUUGUGACCGUGCUGAAUGGUGGAGCCCUCUCCUACGUGCUCAACGAUCUCAGGAAGUUCACGAAAUACCAAUUCUUUCUCGUGCCCUUCUACAGGAGUGUCGAAGGACCGCCAAGCAACUCGAGGAGUGUUCAGACACUUGAAGAUGUGCCAACAGCACCACCGGAUAGUGUGGAAGUCCAUGUUCUAAACAGCACAGCUGCCGCUAUAUUCUGGUCUCCCCCGCCACCUCAGCAUCGCAAUGGAAGACUAAGAGGAUACAGUGUGUACGUUGUCGGCGAUGCAUCUGACUUCCAUUUCAAUCAAAGCACCAACUCCACAGCAAACAGCCUUACAUUAAACAACCUGAAGAAAGGAGCCUCGUAUGAAGCACGUGUGGUUGCUCUGACUACCGCUGGUGGGGGACCGGCCAGCCGCCCCAUUCACUUCAAAAUGGAAAACCCAGCAUUCUCAACAUCAAUCUCUACUCCUCUUCAAAACGUUGUCACACAGCCAUGGUUCAUUGCACUUUUUGGAUUAUUGCUGCUCACAGCAGCCACAGUUUUCGUAAUAUUUUUACUACGAAAAAGACGGCUCGAACAUACAAAGACAGUUAUAACAGUUCCGGUACGCAAGCAAGAAGACAUCAGGAACUGUUUCGAUUCCCUCUCUGAUACGACAUGUAUGAGCCCUCACGAAGCCUUGUGGAUUGACCAGAUUGCCUGGAGAGCUUCUGACACCAUCAAGGAGCCCUUCUGUGAAAUAGAGGCUCUUAACAAGAUGAGCUGUGCUUCAAAUGAUCUUAACUAUUCUAGUGUCUACGCACCAUUAAACCGCAGCAUUGAUGCCACUGACUAUGCUGAGGUGGACACUUACAACUUGACAACUUUCUACAAAAAGGACAUUUCGUCUAUGCCGGAGCCUUAUGCUACUACAACGCUAAUAAAUCCUUCAUUCCAUAAGAGUUUAAGUGGUUCAACCAAGGAUAGUCGCAGUGGAUACUCAGCAGAAGAAAGUAAUCGGACAUCAGACAAAGCUUUUGACCUUGAACUGAAGGGCACUGGAGAAGAUGGUGUUACGCAUCGGUUGUUGGAGUCUAAUGAGGUUGCUAGCCCGGCCGGUGACUCGGGCAGUUAUACGACAGAUGGGUACGGGAUGUCCGUCAAAAAAAGCUGCCCGAAGUUUUCAUGUGGACUAACCGUCUCGAGGGUACCUUUGAUGAAUUGGUCCGAAAUAAUUCCUCCCCAGCUCGAAGAACCGCCCCGUAAAGUUGGUUCUCAAAUAAAUACUGCGGGUUCUUUGAGGAGGACGCCGCCUCACGACAUACAACCCAACGAGAACUCACAGCAGCUGCAAGAGCAGAUAUUCAGUAACCCAUUCAUGGACAUUAGUAUACAGUCAUCACUGCCAUCACAUAACAAAGAGCCGACAGCAUUCUACACUGCCGCGGAGCAACAAGGCCCACGGCUGGCCACACUUCAAGGACACAUCUACCAGCACAGCUAUGCUGAAUCUGACGUUGAGGAUGCAUCGCAGCCACAGUCAUGCGAGUCCAGUGUUGCAGAAGACACUAAUUUUGCACCAAGUCACAGUAAGUGGUGUACACCAUCCUGGUCCAGCACAGCAGAGCAAAGCAACAGCUCCUGCACUAGCGGCUGCUCAAGUGGGGCAAGUUCAUACCAUGACUCCGUCUACAAUGAAGGAGACUUUGCAAGUGCGGUCAUGCGAGCCGCUCAAAAUGCCGGCUUCCAUGUCAAUGAAUCAGUCAUCUCUACAGUACCUCCAUCUGCAGCACAAGCUCGCGCCACCCCUUUGGGACCCACUCGCAAGCUCUGA